GACCGCCAGGUGUCUGCACACGGCUGUUGUGGGACCCCUCCAGCAGCGAGGACACAAACUGUGUAGCGAACCUGCACGUGACAGCCUUAGCUCCAAGAUCCGGCCACAUCUUCGGAAUAAGUCACGGUGUAAGAGGGUUCAGUGCCCAGUCUUUGACCGAUUGUGUAACUCGGGUCUUGUGAAUGCAGUGUCAGCUUUUAAUUUCUUCGUUAUGUUCGAUAGUUUGGAGCACGUACAAUACCGCAUCGAUAAACAAUUUGCCACUAAGUAGAUAGCAGUAAAUACAAAAAGCACAUGUGUUUGUUGCGGACAGUUUCUUUUCGUGUGCACAAUGUAAAGAAGACUGGAGACCUCUAGGUAAUAUAGCCUGAUCGUGUAAGUGAAGCAUUCCAGUAAAUAUGCUAUGUUCAUGAACUUAAGAAUACAUGUUUAGUGAUUUCGGCGAAAGAUCGCUGAGCUGCAAUUAGAGUGUGCGAAGAAUUUUCCACACUAAUGUGCGUGUAUUACUCUCGCUCGAAUUGCCUUACAAUCGUUCAUUUUGUGCUUCUCAUAAACAUCAUAUGUACAGACUGGAAUUUCCCUUGAGUGAUCAGUUGGUAUUUAGGAGAUGUACCGUAUAAUCAGAAUAAGUCAGCAGGUAGCCUGACAAAGGAGUUGUCGACACUCCUCUUCAUCUUGCCGGCUCAGUUGUCUUCAAAUGAGCUGCAAUCACCAUCUUCAUCGGAGACAACGUACUGUGACGGAUGCUCCUCUCAUUUCUCCGCGUAUCACUAUUUUACGACAAGAGUGAAAGUGUUUACUAUAACAUUCGUCGUUGCUGUAGUUAUUGUUUUCGUAGCUGAUUAAAGAAAUCGCGUGCCUGAAAUGGUGCAAUGUGCGACAGAUGUGAAAUAAGGCAGACUGUUCAUCGAAAGUGAAGGAUGAUGCGAGAGUGCCGAUCGUUCCAUCGUCCACUGGCGGAAUGCUGAAGACGGUUUUUAUAGACGAACUUCAAUUCGCCAUCGAGAGCUCACUGUUGUGAGUAGCGACACCGGCGUGCAGUCUGGAGUGUGAGUACCCGCUGGAGAGUCGUGGCUGCCCAGUGAUGGUGGAAUCGACGCAGAGCGCGGGCGCCGCCCCUGGAGGCCAGUCUGCGAACGGCGGCCGCGAUGAGGCGGUCCCCAGCGCGCCCACCACCCGGUCGCCGGAGUCAGAGGAGCGGCGGCGCACGGGCCAGUACAUGGCGCUGGGCGUCGUGGCGGCGACCUUCCUGGUGGGCCUCUACCACGCCUGCCUGCAGAAGAACGCCGCGCUGGCCGGCCUGCUCGUACCCUCGCUCAUCAUGAUCGUCUACCUGGCCUGGGUGCUCUACUCCGCCAGGAAGAAGAAGUACGGGGAGAGGAGGCGCAGCUCGGCGCUGGAGAGCGGCGGACUGACGCCACGGGCUGCGCGGCGGCUCGCGGAGCACUGCUACAGCAACCCGCAGCAGGACAUCACCGCCACGGAACUGAAUAAUGCAUCAACAAAUAUUCGGAUCGCAUGACGCAGCCGUGUAGCUGUGUGGUGCCACGCCCUCGUCGUGCUGCCAUGUUCCGUGGAUCAAAACGACGACUACUGCUGGAUUCCAACGAACUUCCCAAGAAGAAGUGCUGGUUCUGCCAGUGGGAAGUCCUGCUUGGUUUACGUUCCAGCAUCAAAACAUAUGAUCAAACUGUUGUUGAUUUAAAAAAAAUGCCAUUUCUCAUCAUCUACACGACGUUAGACAAUGGUAUCACGUUGAAAGUCUGGUUUUGGGAAAAACUGAGUCCUUUUACCCAAUUUGAGCUUAAUACUCUUGUUAUCAGCUCGUUUAUAGAGACUGUUCAAAUAUGCCAAUUGACGUUCUCUUAUUUUCAGUUUGUUGCAAUAGACGACAAAACAUUGCUGUCUGGAUCUAGGCACAGUAGGAGUAUCUAGAUGUUUUUUUAGCAGUCAGCAUUAUUAGGGAAUACUUCUCCGUUUGGGUCUGCCAUUUCACUUGCUUUCGAAUAAAUGGUUCACGCAUGUCUCUGGAGUGUCUCCUGAAGAAUCGAGAUGAGCUACAUUUGGUCUUAUUCUUCCCAAACGUUUUUAACACACCCAUUGAGGAAGGUAAAUGGUGCUAGCUGUAGUAUGGCGACAAAAGGCAACUGCGUCAUGAUGGUCAUUUCUAAAGAAAGAAUUAGUUAUAGUACUGAAAUUAGAAUUUUAAUCUAACACAGAAUACUUACCUAUAAGUAUAGGGAAACUUUUUUUAUACAUCAAAAGAUAUUUUUAGGUUAUGGACAAUACUACAAAAUUCUCAUUUCUGUCCUAAAGCAUGGUUAAAUUCGUCCACUCCAGACAGCAAGUUUUCAGAUAACAUCAUACAGGUACUGUAACAAAAAGCUUCCAAAGCAAUUUAUUCAGUGUUGAAAGUUAUCACGUUCAGUAUUAAUCUUGUCCGAAAACAGUGUCCGUUUCUUCAAAAUUUUGUUUAACAUUUAACACUUUUACGUAAUCACAUCACAUACCAGUACGCAACGGAAAACAUAACUCAUUUUAUGAAUAGUUAUACAAAAAAUUCAGUCUUUAAUACGGAAAUCUGUAAGAUAUUGUCAGGUCUGUAAUUCAUUAGGUGACACUUGUGUAGAAUUCACAUUACGUUUGAAAGACUGGAGUUCACAUAUUUUCUGCAAUUUCCAGCCGAUUACAUUGAAUUCAUUCUUAACUGUUGCCAAAACAAAUUCAAAUGUGAAAAAUAUUGACCUACCUACGAGCAGGUGUGGUUUGAACAGUGGGCAUGCACUACAGGAGAUAUAAGUUCAACGUGAUAUCUGAAAGAAGACAAUAUUUUCUAACUGAUCUUUUAGACACAGAUACAAUGUGUAUAAGACGCUCCUAAGACUCAAAUACUAGGUAGUGAACGAAAGGAAUUAAAUAAUUUAAAAGAACACGUGGCACACUGCCUGACCUAAACGUUUUGGUUUGACACCACCUCAGCGGUACGUAUCCGAAUGUCGCCGCUUAUUUACUGCAACGACUUCACAUUUGGCUUCAGGAGACGAAUGCACGCUUUCCUUUUAUAGUACAUAAAUAUCAACGGAGCUUACAAGGGAGCUUUAAGUCGACAGCUAGAAACGCUAGCCUCCUGACCACGAAGGUGUUCAUGAAACUGAUUGUCCCAGUAUAUUGGCUUUGAGUUGAUGUACUACCCAUCUUUAGUUCAUAAUAAAUGUUUUGUCGCAAAAUCUGUUACAGCAAAUACAUGAAUCACCUCAACCGUGAAUACUUUGAAUUUUGUGAUGAACAUGCAUAAUAUUACAUAUAUUAGUUGACAUGGUGGAUUUUGUGAGAAAUCUAAUGACUGGUACGUAUUCUGAAAAGUUUAAAGACGACAAGAA